ACACAGCGAGUCACGUGUGCUCGAGCGAGCGGGUGGAGGCGGAAGUGGAAACUCUUGUCUUCCUGUCCCAUCCCUACCUACCCACCCACCUUCGCUCGGAUACAGCUACACCGACUGGAGCUGGUGCUGCUGAGGCCCCCUCAGUCCGACCGGUUUCAACAAUCAGCCCCCCAGGACAGCAAUGGAUCACAGUGGAAGCAGUGAGGGGCCUGGGCCAGGUAGAAGACCCUCCAGUCCCUCCUCUCGUGCACCCAUGGGUGCCAAGGGACAUGCAGCACAGAGUGGUCAAAGGCCCAAAGUAAAGAUAACUCCCUUCCACAGCUCACCCAUAGUCAGCAGUGAUGAAGCUCUCCGCAGCAAACGACCAGGAGCCGCUUUUGGGAAACUGCUGGCAUCUCCUGGCGGCCUGGCUCUGGACUCACUUGGUCGGCUGAGUGCUCCACCUGUCAGAGGGAGACUUGCUGCUGCUGAGAGCUCAGGGGAACAAACAACCAGUUCAGGCUCUGUACUGACCACAACACCAGCUGCCAGGAAGGCACCAAAGACGAGCACAGAGCUUCGUCAAAGCCAGAAAGGCAAAGAGAGGGGAGCUGUCUCCACCUCCACCAAACCUCAGUCCGCUGUGAAGAGGAAGAAGAGGAAGAUGGGAAUGUACAACCUGGUCCCCAAAAAGAAGGCCAAGACCCUUAAACAGCAGGAGAAGAAGGGGGAGCCAGGUCCCAGUGUGGAGAAGAACAGAGUUGCAACAGAUGAAAAACCAGUGAUCCUACCAGAGACUCUGAAGGCCAGAGAACUGACAGCUGCCAGGAAUGAAUCGUUGAUGGAGGCGCCACCUGGAGAAGGCUGCCAUGUGGAGUACACAGAGCUGGCUUUGGACUGUCUGGACCUGAAAGCUCAGGAAGAGCUGCUCUCACCUCCCCUGUCAGGUGUAGCAGCGGAUGCUGAGCUGACAGAAACAGACCUGGCUGAGGAGUUACCACUGUGCUGCUGUCGUAUGGAGACUCCUCACAGCGGAGGCAGUCUGUCCGCACUGGAUCAGACCUGCAUGGCCAUGGAGAGCAUGGAUGGAAUGCUGAGUCGUUGCCAGAGGCGAGUGGUGAAGCAUGAAAUGAUGCGACCCUCCAACACGGUCCAUCUGCUGGUUCUGUGUGAGGACCACCGGGCCGGCAUGGUCAAGCACCACUGCUGCCCUGGCUGUGGACUCUUCUGCAGGGCGGGCACUUUCAUGGAGUGCAGGCCGUACGGCAGCAUCUCCCACCGAUUUCACCGUGACUGUGCCUCCAUCUUGAAGGAUCUCAGGUUUUGCCCCCACUGCGGAGAGGAUGCCAGCGGGGCGAAAGAGGUCACGGUGUCGAGGGCUGAUCCGUCUCCCUCUGUACCUAGAUCGAACCCCGGGCCGCCACUGCCAGCGGUGCCCACUGUGGCCACCCUGCCAUCAGUACCAACCACGCCUGCUGUUCCGCAGAUACUCAGAGCGAAGAAGACCAGCGAGCCGCAGAGGGGCAGAGACGAGAGCCCGAGCAGGUUAAAGAGCGAGGCUGUGUGCGCUGCAGAUAGACCACCUAAAGAGUCACUGGAGAGCAUCCUGAUGGCACUGGAUGAUGAGAACCUGAAACCAAAGAAAGUGAAGUACCCCACCAGACAGCUGUACAUCUCUGCAAAACAAGGAGAGCUCCAGAAGGUCAUUCGUCUCCUUGUUGAUGGGAAGGACCCCAACUUUCUGAUGGAGGGCCAAAACAAAGUCACUCCUCUUCAUGCAGCAGCGGCUGAGGGUCACCAGGAGAUCUGCCACAUGCUGGUCCAGGCUGGAGCCAACCUGGAAAUGUUUGAUGAGGAGCAGAGAACGCCACUCAUGGCGGCCUGUGAAAACAACCACCUGGACACGGUGAAGUACAUGCUGAGAGCCGGAGCAGCUGUCAGUCACAAGGAUAUCAUGGGUUUCACCUGUUUGCAUCUGGCAGCUAAACUGGGACAUUAUGAUGUAGUCCAUCAUCUGCUCUCCAAGGCAUCCAAAUACAUCAACUGUCAGGAUAACGGGGGGUGGACUCCCAUCACCUGGGCCAUUGAGUACAAGCACAAGGAUCUUGUCCACCUGCUGCUGGCUAGAGGGGCCGAUGUUAACAUCAGAGACAAGGAAGAGAAUGUCUGCCUGCACUGGGCGGCACUUUCGGGCUGUGAUGACAUCGCCCAGGCUCUGCUGGAGGCCCGAUGUGACCUUAACGCUGUCAACGUUCAUAGUGACUCAGCGCUUCAUGUUGCUGCCAGAGAGAACCACCUGGAGUGUGUGAUGACGGAACAAAGCCGCGGCGCAGCCAGGACGCUGCACCGACGUGCCAAGUGGAAUAUCCGGGAUCCUAGCUGCAGAGUUUUGUAUGUACUGAAGCCUCUGCAGGCUCUUUCCAGGAAUCCCAAUGAGCAGUGCGUUACAGUAGUCCAGUCUGGAGGAGACAAAGUGAGGCCAGAGGCUCUGAAGCGCCGCUCAAGGACCCGUCCUGCUGCCUUCAUCUUACGAAGCCCAUCUGUGAACCAGGGUGCUGAGCGGGUGAAGGUGACUGUUCUUGUUUUAACAGGGGCAUGGAGGGACAUUUCUCGGGGGUACGAGGCAGUUCCUAUUACCUGUGUUAAUGGUGUCGACAGCGAGCCGAGCCCUGACAACUUUAAAUACAUACCUGACAGCUGUGUCACCUCCCCACUGAACAUAGACAAGGACAUCACUCAUUUACAGCACUGUAGCUGUACAGACGACUGCUCAUCCAGUACCUGCAUGUGUGGUCAGCUCAGUCUGCGAUGUUGGUAUGACAGUGAGGGUCGACUACCACUUGACUUCUGUCAGAGGGAGCCCCCCGUGCUGUUUGAGUGUAACCACGCCUGCUCCUGCUGGAGGACCUGCAGGAACCGAGUGGUCCAGAACGGACUGAGAGCCCGGCUGCAGCUCUUCAGGACACAGAAAAUGGGCUGGGGAGUGAGGACCAUGCAGGAUAUUCCUCAGGGAACAUUCAUUUGCGAGUAUGUCGGGGAGAUCGUCACUGAUGCAGAGGCUGAUAAAAGGGAGAGUGACUCUUUCCUCUUCACCCUCGACAAUAAGGUGGGAGACGCACACUGUAUCGAUGCGAGACUCUUUGGCAACAUUGGCCGCUUCAUCAACCAUCUGUGUGAGCCCAACCUACUGGCUGUGAGGGUGUUCACCAUGCACCAGGAUCUACGCUUCCCUAGGAUAGCCUUCUUCUCCAGCAGGCCCAUCAAAGCUGGAGACCAGAUAGGGUUUGACUAUGGCGAUCACUACUGGAGGGUGAAGAGCAAGUACUUCAGCUGCCAGUGUGGGUCGCUCAAGUGUCGCCACUCAGCUGGUAGCCGUUAGAAACUCCCUGAUGAACACCUGAUCCCUCUUUCUGCCUGGACACAUUCUGUCGCUUUGACCUCUUUGAUCAUGUCACAAACACUGUCUUCUGAACCAGAUAACAUGUAAGAGUGAUUCUUUGAUUACGUAAACACCAAUGGGUUUUCUGGUAUUCACUUGAAAUUUCCCAGUUUUCAAAUUCCAUCAACUGAAAGAUAAACAUUGUGAAAAUCUGUCAUCUCAGAGCACACGAUCUAACUUAUUUAUACACCUUACUAAGGUUACUUUUUUACGUGAAGAACACUGCAGCUUGCAGCCAGCCAGAAAUACUGUACGUGGCAGAGGGUUUAACUAGCCAAUAAUUAGGUUAAAUAAUUUUAACAGAUGAUUUUAACAUUCUUUGACUCUUCCUUUUAAUACUGCAAAGUGUUAUAUUUGUGGAUUAAUGAAGUGAAGAAAUGUUUUGGUAGUCAAUGUGCUUGUACUACAUGACUCAUUAGCAAUUAAACACAUUUUUAAAGCA